UAUCGUCUCUGUUGAUGUGUCGCGAUUGUCUGAUCAAAAAUAUCAAUAUUUUGGAUUUUAUGAAAGAAAAACUGUAAACUUUAUCUAAAAAUUCAUUCUAAUACACUAUUACAUUCAUUCAGACAUUGUUUUUGAUAGUAAUGGAUGACAGGAACAUGGAUACGAGCAGCUCUCCUAGUUUUGAUGUUUCGCAUAACCACCCCAAAAGCAUUAUACACAUCGACAUUGAUUGUUUUUACGCCCAAGUAGAGAUGUUGAAGAAUCCCGAAUUGAGAUCACAACCACUAGGAAUUCAGCAGAAGAAUAUUGUUGUAACAAGUAAUUACGAGGCCAGAAAAUUUGGUGUCACCAAAUGUAUGCUAGUUACUGAUGCUCUCAAAGUUUGCCCAAAUUUAAAGUUGGUGAAUGGUGAAGACCUACAUGAUUACAGAGCAGCAUCAAACAAGAUAUUCCUUCUUUUACAAAGCUGGAAAUGUCCAGUUGAAAAAUUAGGAAUGGACGAAAAUUUCAUUGAUGUCACAAACUUAGUACAAGAAAAACUGAAAACAAAUAUGGAUAACAUAACUAUUCCUGGUCAUUUAUACAGUGAGCCGAGUAUAGACUGCCCAUGUGGAUGUCAUAAAAGACUGAAAAUAGCAUCACAAAUAGCUAAUGAAAUGAGGAAAAGAAUUUAUGAUGAUUUAGGUUUGACUACAUGUGCAGGUAUAUCUCACAAUAAAUUACUAGCUAAACUUAUCUGCCCCUUGCACAAGCCAAAUGAUCAAACAACUAUUUACCCUGAGCAUGGCUCUAGCUUCAUGUCUACUCUUCCCAGUGUGAGAACCAUACCAAGUAUUGGUACUAAGACAACAGAAGCUCUGAUCUCACACAAAAUUAUAUCAGUCCGAGACUUACAGGAAGUCCCACUUGAUGUUAUUAAAGAGUACUUUAGUAGUGAUAUGGCGGUAAGACUGAAAAAUUUGAGUAUGGGUGAAGAUAAUACACCAGUAAGGCAAUCAGGACGACCACAGAGCAUAGGGUUGGAAGACAGUUUUAAGACUGUCAGUGUUAAGAGUGAGGUAGAAGAGAAGUUCACAGCACUUUUACAAAGGUUGCUUAUAUUAGUGGGAGAGGAUGGCCGCAUUCCUGUUUCAUUAAGAGUAACAUUACGGAAAAAAGAUGUGAAGCGCCUCAGUAGUCAUAGAGAAUCAAGACAAUGUCAGAUCUCAUCAUCAUUAUUCACAAUCAACAGUGGAAGUGUCUCUGUCACUGAAGGAGGGCAACAGAAACUAAUGAGCAUAAUUAUGAGAUUAUUUAAUAAACUUAUAGAUUUAACAAAGCCAUUCCAUUUAACAUUAGUAGGACUUGCUUUUACUAAGUUCCAAGAAAGAAUGACUGGUCGAGGUUCUAUUGUAAAUUACCUGAUGAAUGAUUUAUCAGUACAGUCUGUUCUCAACAUCACAAAUGACUGUGAUACAUCUGCUUCAUCCAUGGAUUACUCAGCAGCUUCACCAAGCAGUAGCACAACUACAGAUCUCUCUGAUGCUGAGGUAGAGCCAUCUCCGAAAAAGCCAAAAAAAGUAACAUGGAUUGCAAAACGAAGAUGUUUAUCAAGAGAAGAUGUAGCUUCACCAAGUAAGUUGAAAGUUGGUGAGUUACGGUUAAAUUCAAGGGAAUUAGAAAAAGUUUCAGAGCUAAGGUUGAACUCAAGAGAUAAAUCCUUAACUCCUAGAGCAAGUCCAGCAAGAGAUAUGUCAGAGACAUCAGAUAACCUAAGGGAUAUAGCAGAGGGUGGGGUUUGUGAUGACUGUCCGAGCUAUGUUGAUAAAGAUGUUUUUAAUGCACUGCCUGAAGAGAUGAAAAAUGAACUGAAAGCUAUGUGGAAGAAUUCCUCCAACUCAGAAAUGCCACGAGCCAGCACUCGAAACAUGAACAAAUCAAAACCAAACACUCUCCUUAAAUACUUUGUACCACAAAAAUAGUAUUAUUUGUCUUGUUAAUUAUUCUAAGUGAUAAGUGAAUGGUUUCUAUUUUUUCAAUCAUACAAUUUAUAUUCAAUGGAUCAAAUACAUGUUUAUGUUAUAAAAUAA